CCCUGGACACCUGGGCGUCCUAAGACGACUAGCCCAAACAUCGCUUUUCCUGGAUGCUACUCCUAUUCUGGGCUUCAAAAGUAGCUGAUAGCAAAAGUUUAUUAAAUGCUCCAUCCUUGGAACAGAUCUUGACUUAAUGAUCUGGGGACUCCGCACGUGAGAUGUGCCUCCGCCCCUCCGCAUUUUGGCCCGAGGUCUUCACAUGCGUCAACUCGCAAUCGCUCCAGCAUCGACCUUGCCAGCUUCACCCAGAAUGUGACCUGCUGAGUGAGCUGUCAGCUAGCAUUUGAUAACAGACCUUUUUAUUGCUAUUACUUCUCCUCUUCACGUUCGAUCCAACUUCAACUCGCAACCCAUAGGGAUACGCGCGUCAUCCCUGCAAUCGUUUCUCAUGGCCUUCGACAGCGUGGCCUAAGGAUGUCAGCUGCCGCGACGGCACUGUGCAAUACGGAGAACACGAAUUUUGCUGAAAGAGAGUGUAUAUUAGACGAGGCACGAUGGCCGUUCAAUCAACGCUUCGACCCCGAGAGGAUCCUCUCGUUGCUCUGUUCAACUACUAUGCCGGCCUCUUUCGUUCCCGGAUAAAACGUUCAUCCAAAACAACCAAAAUCAUCGCCACCCUUGCCCUGAUUCUAUCGAUCUUGAGCUCCGGGUAUGGAGGCUACAAAUGGUUUCAUGAGAGGGCCAAAGAACGUGCACGGGGAAGUCGCUUGUUGCGUCGAAAUUCUGGGAUUCGAGGCAAAGAUGGAACUCGCACCAUAUAUGUGCCCUAUAAGGAUUCUAUGACCUCCAAGGUCAAGAUCUACCCCACCAAACAAACGACUUUCGAAGCGCACCGGCGGUUAUUCUUGAACCCGCCUGCCGCCGCCCGUGUAGGCGAUGGAGAGUCGGUCAAUCAGAUCCCGCCGCCAACCACAAAACCAGGCCUGAAUCUGGCGUUUCUCCACCAGUUUCUCAGCCUUGGAAGUAUUAUGGUGCCGAGAUGGGGCAGUAAAGAGACUGGAUUGCUGAUGGGUCAUGGACUUUUCUUGCUAUUGCGGACAUACCUAUCGCUAUUGAUCGCACGCCUCGAUGGCGAGAUUGUGAGGGACCUCGUCUCUGGUAAAGGGCGUGCUUUUACCUGGGGCAUUAUCAAAUGGUGCGGGAUUGGUACACUUGCUUCCUACACCAACGCCAUGAUCAAGUUCCUCCAGUCGAAGGUGUCUAUUGCUUUCCGGACCCGACUGACGAGGUAUAUCCAUGAUCUUUAUCUCACCAGCGAUAACAAUUACUACAAGUUGAUGAAUCUGGAUGGCAGUGUUGGCCAAGGGCCGGACCAGUUCAUUACCCAGGAUCUUACCCUCUUCUGUUCUGCAGCUGCUGCACUCUAUUCCUCCAUGGGGAAGCCUAUGGUGGACCUGUUCGUCUUCAAUUAUCAACUGUACCGUUCCCUUGGGCCUUUGGCCCUGACGGGUAUCCUCACGGGCUACUUCAGUACAGCAGCAGUUCUGAGGAAGCUCUCACCACCCUUCGGGAAGCUCAAGGCCGUUGAGGGCAAGAAGGAGGGCGACUUCCGAGGUCUACACGCUCGCUUACUUGCCAAUGCCGAAGAAAUCUCUUUCUAUGGCGGUGCAGACAUCGAACGAGUUUUCCUAGCGAGGAGCUUCAAAGAUCUUCAACGCUGGAUGGAGGGCAUCUACAGUCUCAAGAUCCGCUAUAACAUGCUCGAAGAUGUUAUCCUGAAGUAUGCUUGGUCAGCGUUUGGCUACCUCAUCACGUCUCUGCCAAUCUUCCUUCCGGCCUGGGGUGGCUUGGGUGGGGGUAUGGAGCUGGUCGAUUUGCCCAAAGAAACUGGUCGAGAACGGGAUCGCAUGAAGGAGUUCAUCACGAACAAGCGCUUGAUGCUGUCCUUGGCCGACGCCGGUGGCCGGAUGAUGUAUAGCAUCAAGGAUAUUUCGGAGCUGGCCGGUUAUACGUCUCGAGUCUACAGCUUGAUCUCUACGCUUCACAGAGUCCAUGCGAAUGCUUACUACCCCCCGCGCAACUCCCAUGCCGAGCUUUACUCGCUUGCGGAUGUACAAGGAACCAUCCACAAUGGCUUUGACGGUGUGCGUCUGGAGCAAGUCCCUGUUGUCGCCCCUUCACUCUAUCCCCGUGGUGGCGAUGAACUGCUCGAAUCGCUGUCAUUUGUCGUGCACUCUGGGGACCACCUCCUGAUCUCCGGACCGAAUGGAGUAGGCAAGUCGGCUAUUGCGCGGGUUGUUUCUGGGUUGUGGCCAGUGUACCGCGGCUUGGUCAGUCGCCCAAGAGGGUUUGGGCCUGACGGCAUCAUGUUCCUUCCCCAACGGCCGUAUCUUAGCGUGGGUACUCUGCGUGAUCAAGUCAUCUACCCUCACACCGCAGUCGAUAUGCACGAGGCUGGGAUAACCGACGCUGCUCUGCAGGAGGUCUUGGAUGACGCUCAUUUGGGCUACCUCCCUGGGCGCGAGGGCGGAUGGGAUUGUCGCAAGGAGUGGAAAGAUGUGCUGAGCGGUGGAGAGAAGCAGCGCAUGGCCCUGGCACGCAUCUAUUACCACGAGCCUCGGUACGCCUUCCUUGAUGAAGGAACCUCUGCGGUCUCAUCCGACGUCGAGGGCCUACUGUACCAGCGGGCAAAGGAGCGAGGAAUCACCUUGAUCACGAUUUCCACGCGCGCGUCCCUGAAGAAGUACCACACCUACAACCUCAGCAUUAACAUUGGAGACGAAGGCGAACAAUGGGAGUUUGAGAGGAUUGGUACGGCGAAGGAGAAGCUGGGCGUGGAGAAGGAGCUGCAGGAGAUACGCAAGCGGCUUGACAAGGUCGAAGAGUGGAAGCGACGGCGAGAGGAGAUUGAGGACGAGCUGCGCAAGGUCUGGAUUGAAGAGGGCGAGCUUGCUCCACCGCCCUAUGAGGCGGUAUCUGAAGCUGGACAGGCAGUUGAGGAAGCACGAGAAAAAAAAACCCCCGAAAUAAAUCCUUUAAUUAUGUCUGAAAUGAUAGAAGACUUGUCCUCUUCAGAUGAGGGCAACCGGCUCGUCAUUGCAAUUAAUCAAUCCUUCAGUGAUGGUACCGAGUCCAGCUGGCCCACCGAAGAGGCGGGCAACAGGCCGGCGAGCGAUAAACGGGCCAGAGUGAAGCUGGCUAAACUGUGGUUGCAAGAGACGGGGGCUUAUCAGCGAGGGGUGAACUACAUUCUCGACCGUCUGCCCGAUGGUUAUGCUCUCUUUGACAGGCCGCGUCAGGCGAACCCCGAAAUUUGGAGGAUGGCUCAGUACGGCGAGGGCCUGGAAGGCUGCCAGGGAGACCUGGUCGACCGCCUGCAAGACCACCUGGAUCAGGCUCCAGUAAGCCACCUGGCAGACCACCUGGCAGACCGCCUGGAAGACCACCCGGGAGACCACCGGGAAGGCCGCCUGGAAGACCCCCGGGAAGGCCACCAGGCAGACCCCCAGGCAGGCCGGAGCGCAGUUCUACAGCUCAAACAGAAGGGCUCACUGGAGCUGGACAUCACCGAACCGGCAAGUAUGGACUGGCGAGCAGAACGGACGGCUCUCGAUGAACACCUGCAGAAGUUAGACAUGCAACCGUCUUUCCUGCCCCGUGCGGGAGAAGUCGUGCUCUGGACUCCAGAUUUUGAAGGUGAACUAGCGUGGAACCCGGAGCACAGUGGAGUCCAGAUAUAUUCCCCCAGCGAGAAGCGGUGGCUGGGGACUCCUGAAUGGCGAGCAGGGAUCAUUAGCCAGUCGAUCAAACCGUUCGGCGCCUUCGAGCACUUCCUGCAGAAUAUCCCUCGAGAGGGGCUGCAUCCGUCUGUCGAAUACGCCAUGACGAUCAUGUCGUCAUUCAGCCUCCUGGAUAAGUACUACUUCAAAGGCACCUGGCCUGAUGCAUCGAUCUAUUGCCGGGGAAUCUUCCUGGGCGCGGAGCUUUUGGUCGUUGGGGAUGCGGUCCGCUUGAAGCCCGCCGGCAACAAUGAACAUCCCCAUGAGACCAGACCGGUCACCGACGUCAUGGUCAUCGAAGAGAUUCGACUGGAACUGAAACAAUGCGACGAUGAUAUCAAGUCCAAACAUCUGGCCGAGACAUACCAGGUGCGCAUCCGAGGGAAGGUCUACACCACCAGUCACCGACGUGUCACCCUAGCCAGCAGUCAUCUACAGCCCAAACCCUUAACCCCGGACGAGGUCGUCGACGCAUUCCAUACGGUGGGUAUGAACGGGUACGGUGAGUGGUACCCCGUCCACCCCGGGGCCACGGUGGAUAUAUCGCAGGAUAUGAUUCUUGGCCGACUCUACGAGCCAGACGCCCUGCAGCUCAUGUUCGGGUCCCUCGAACUGGGGUAUGAUCACCACGGAGUGGCAAGCGGACGAGCAUACUCGCGCCAAGCUGAUGAGCGGAUCCCCGGAGGCCGAACGUGGUUCUGGGGAGACUUUCGCACCCAGACGCUGGCCAUCGAUUCGCUCAACGGCGAAGACGUCGGCCACUACAGUGAUGCGCGCAACGUCAAGAUGUGGCAGGCGAACCUCCGAGUGCUGGACGGCACGGCCAGACCGUCGGAUCUCCAGCAGGCCAAGGUCCCUGGCGAUAUUGGACGGCCGUCGGCCAAGUCCCGGCUCAACUUUGCCAAGGUCGGCAAGCUCAGCAAGCUGGUUAGCAUGGGGCUGGGCGCCACGGACAUGAGCAACCCGGUGAGCUCUGCGGAGGAGGGGACCAGUCGACUGUCCCUCGGAGACGAUGAUGAGGAAACGGAAGAAGAGGAUUUCACGCUGCACAUUGAACAAUUACGAGGCGGGACAGAGGAGACAGAGGAGGGCGACUAUCUGCCAGACCAGGAACCACAAAGCAAACGGGCCCGACGGGAUAGUUGA